AUGGACAAUUGGUUCACUUCAGUGCCACUUGCUUCAGAAUUACUUCAGGACCCGUAUAAACUCACACUUGUUGGGACAAUACGUAGUAAUAAGCGAGAGAUUCCACCCGAGAUGAAAAACAAAAAAUCAAGAAAGAUUAAUACUUCGAUGUUUGCAUUUGAUGGUGAGAAGACUCUGGUCUCGUAUAAACCGAAAUCUAACAAGACAGUAUUUCUUCUAUCGACAGUGCACAAUCAGCCAGACAUUAACUCCACUUCGAAAAAGCCUGAAAUUAUACAUAUUUACAAUAGUACCAAAGGUGCUGUCGACACUGUCGACCAAAUGUGCUCAGCUAUAUGUGUCAAUCGCAAAACCAAUAGAUGGCCUCAAUGCGUGUUUUAUAAUGUCUUGAACCUGUGCCUAAUUAAUUCAUAUGUCAUCUAUGUGUCGAACAUGGUCAGAGAACGGCAAAAACCAAUGAGACGUAGGACUUUCGGCCAAAGUUUAGCCGAUAAGCUCAUAGAGCCAUGGUUACGAGAGCGGUAUAACACUGUCACUUUGAGGAGGGAUAUAAAAGCUAGUAUCAAAGAUAUUUUAAAAAUUGAAGAUGCUACUCCUAGUACCUCUCAAGCGCAACAAAAUAAGCGCAAAAUAUGUUUUUUUUGUCCUUACAAAAAACACAGGAUAACUAAAUAUGUUUGCAGCCGCUGCAAGACGGCGAUUUGCGGGGAACAUACGAUUCCAGUGUGUGCCGACUGCCAAGAAUAA